AGCAGGAGCUUUAGGGAGAGAAGCUUAUUUUCUAAGCCUUGAGAGAGGGCAUACAGGGAAGUAUAAAAUGUUAAUAGUAACAGACUGUGAAUAACAUUUAUUUGGAGCUUCAGCACCUUGUCCGUUGGCUUUGGUGGCAUAUAGGAUCUCGCCUGUACACAGAAAGAGCCAUCACUUACACUUCAUCAUCUGUCCCUGCUUGCCUGGUGAAGUUGUAUUUUGCAGCUGUCAGUCGGCUUUGUGUGCUUAUCCCGUGUGCCUGAGGUAGCAGAAAAUUCCUUCUUAGUUAGGAGCAGGCAAUAUUCCUGCUCCAAAGCAUCGGGAGUUAAAAAAAAAUAGCAUUAGCAAUGCAGUCUUUUUUUAUUACGAUCCCCUCUGCUGAUAGAUGAAAAGAGUAGUAGCAUGACCAGAAGCAGAAAAAUUUUCAAUAAAAAACACCUAAGCAGCCCCCAAGCCCCUGAAAUGCUAAUGAGUCAUGGGGGAUAAUAAAUCAAACUGCUAGCUGGAGAGAUUUCUUUAGAUGUAUGUGAGGAGCUUUUGACUCAUCUAAUACCAGUCCAUAAGUGAGAUGUGUAAAAAUAGCAAGUUCAACAUUAAGUCUAGUGACAGAAUCAAUCAUACAGUUAGACCCUUUUAAAAUUUUUUUCUUUAUUAUUAUUUUCAUAGGAAACCCUUAGUAACUUGAUGUAGAAAUACAGUGGAAGAAAUUAAGAGAAAACUUGAGAUGUUGAGUAUUUAGCAAAGAUCAGUUAUGACUUUGUCAGAGAACACAAAGUAUUAAAGGAGGCUUAACAUGUUAAUUGAUCUAAUUAUUGUAAUUUGAAGGUUAAAGCUGAAUGAGACUUUAUACCUUAAAAGUGAAGACUGCCAAAAACAGUAUACUCUUUUAACAAAAAAAGGGUGAUGGUGCAACACUGACUUUGUUUUGCAGCAUAAUAUGUACCCUGGGAUUAAUAUUGCUAUAUUUAUAUCUGUAUUUUGUUUUAAGAGUGGAAAAGCCCCAGACCUUGAGAAUACAUUAAAUGACUUUCUGGUCUGGGGUUAUUCUUAAUAUCCACUAAGUGAUAGUGAAGAUCAUCUGUUGCAGUCAUGUUCUUUUGUUUUUUCAUCCAUUGACCUUUGUGCAUAUUUAAUUAUAGAUUAAGACUGUAAAGAAAAAGAGCUGAUCUUGUACAUAAGCUUCCUCAUCUUCAUUAUUUUGGGAAAUAUAAUAAUUCAGUCUAUUAAUGGGCUCCUAAUUUUUGUUUUUAUUUGAAUAGAUUUCGAUGAAGAAUUUCUAUGCACUGUCUGUCUGAUUAGAAAGGAUUCAUUAUGUUUCUGUGUCUUGCUAUGAGUCUAUGAGUGUUGUUUUGAAGUAAAUCACAAAGUACAUGCUUAUUGCUAAUGUGCCAGCUGGCCUGUUAGAAGCAGGAGUUUAAUUAUGAGAGGAAUGUUUUAACUUGAAGAUUUUACAGAUGGUUUGCAAAGCAGGUUGUGCAUUAUUUCUUUGCAUCCUCUCUUUGGUACCUUCUGUGUCUGCAUCGUAGAUAGCUCAUUGGCAUCUACAGUAAUUGCCUGAUGGGAGAGGUCAUCUUAUCCUACUAUUGCAAAUUGUCUUGUCAGAGUUAACCAAUUGUCAGGGUUGGGAAUGUCGUGUUAGGGUUUUUUUUGUUGUCUAGAUUUGACAUAAAACCUUUUGUCCCUUCCAGAGGCAUUAAGAACUUUGUCAAAUUUUGCAGAUGGCAUUGCUGCGUGACUCUCAAUUAGCCGCAGAGUAAUGUCGGGUCUUUGCUUUGUGUCUUUGCAUUCUGUGCGCUACAUGUCAUUGCUUGGAUGUUUGGGACAGCUUUGCAAGAAGCUUCACAUGUCACAUGAGCAAACAGCUAAAGCAAAGUGCAAUCUGCGGUCACUACAGGCAGAGAAGCGCGCUCAGGGACGUGUGCGGUCUGCAGCGUGGCACGGCGGGACAAGGGGCAGGGCGGCUGCCCGGGCAGGCUGGGACAGUGGCGGCCGCCCUGCGGCUCCCUCCGCUCUUCUGGGUGAAAAGAAAACUGUCUGAUCAAAGAGCAAAGAUGCAGAGCACUUCAAAUUACCUCUGGCUGUUGUCUGACAUUCUGGGACAGGGAGCUACUGCAAAUGUUUUCCGGGGGCGACAGAAGAAAACUGGGGAUUUAUACGCUGUCAAAGUAUUUAACAGUAUAAGUUUCCUUCGUCCUGUGGAUGUUCAGAUGCGAGAGUUUGAAGUAUUGAAGAAACUAAAUCAUAAGAACAUUGUCAAAUUAUUUGCCAUUGAGGAAGAGACAACUACUAGACACAAAGUACUAGUUAUGGAAUUUUGUCCAUGUGGAAGUUUGUACACAGUUUUAGAGGAGCCGUCUAAUGCCUUUGGUUUGCCAGAGUCUGAGUUCUUAAUUGUUUUGAGAGAUGUGGUGGCUGGGAUGAAUCAUCUCCGUGAAAAUGGAAUAGUGCACCGUGACAUCAAGCCAGGCAAUAUAAUGCGUGUUAUAGGUGAAGAUGGGCAGUCUGUUUACAAACUUACAGAUUUUGGUGCAGCAAGAGAACUUGAAGAUGAUGAACAAUUUGUUUCUCUCUAUGGCACAGAAGAGUAUUUACAUCCUGAUAUGUAUGAGCGAGCAGUUUUGAGAAAAGAGCAUCAGAAGAAGUAUGGAGCAACAGUUGAUCUGUGGAGCAUAGGGGUGACCUUUUACCAUGCUGCUACAGGGAGUUUGCCUUUCCGACCUUUUGAAGGACCUCGUAGAAACAAGGAAGUGAUGUAUAAAAUAAUCACUGGAAAGCCUUCUGGUGCUAUUUCUGGAGUACAGAAAGCAGAAAAUGGACCUAUUGAAUGGAGUUGGGAGAUGCCUAUUUCUUGUAGCCUUUCAAAGGGUCUGCAAGUACUACUCACACCUGUCCUUGCGAAUAUUCUUGAAGCAGACCAGGAAAAAUGCUGGGGAUUUGACCAGUUUUUUGCAGAGACGAGUGACAUACUGCACCGAAUAAUAAUCCACAUCUUUUCAUUACAGCAGAUGACCUUGCACAAAGUUUAUAUUCACAACUAUAAUACAGCUGCUAUAUUUCAUGAGUUGGUCUACAAACAGACAAAAAUACCAUCUCAGAAUCAAGAACUGAUAUAUGAAGGUCGGCGCUUAGUACUAGAGCCUGGCAAAUUGGCACAGAACUUCCCCAGAACAACAGAGGAGAAUCCUAUCUUUAUAGUAAGCAGGGAGGCUGUGAACAUUGUUGGAUUAAUCUAUGAAGAAGUUUUACUUCCUAAAGUACAUCAACGUUACGAUUUGGAUGGGGAUGCCAGUAUGGCUAAAGCAGUGACAGGUAUUGUAUGCUAUGCCUGUAGAGUUGCCAGUUCUUUGCUACUUUACCAGGAGCUGAUGCGAAAAGGAGUUCGAUGGCUAAUUGAAAUAAUCAAGGAUGAUUACAAUGAAAUGGUUCAUAAAAAGGCAGAGAUUGUCAUCAGGCUGGAUUUCUGCAGCAGAAACAUUGAGAAAGCUGAGAAAAUAUACGAAAAUUUGAUGCAGAUCAACUUGGAAGCAUCAGAAGUGGAUGAAAUUUCAGAGAUACACACAAAACUCUUGCGCCUCUCCAGCUCUCAGGGCACCAUAGAAACUAGUCUGCAAGAUAUCAAAACCAAACUUUCUCCUGGUGGUUUACUGGCUGACACCUGGGCAAAUCAGGAAGGCAUGCAUCCAAAAGACAGAAAUCCAGAAAGGCUGCAGGCACUGCUGUCUUCCAUCACAGACAUCUACUAUCAGUUCAAAAAAGACAAAGCAGAACGAAGGCUUCCUUAUAAUGAAGAACAAAUACACAAGUUUGACAAGCAGAAGCUGUAUUUGCAUGCUACAAAAGCCAUAGCUCUUUUCAAAGAUGAAUGUGUCAGCAAGUAUGAAGCAUUUUUGGAUAAAGCUGAGGACUGGACAAGGAAAAUGCUUCACACAAGGAAGCAAUUACUGGCUCUCACCAACCAGUGUUUUGGGAUUGAAGAAGAGGUGUCCAAAUACCAGGAUUAUAUAAAUGAGUUACAAGAUGCCCUGCCACAGAAAAUGUUUGCAGCUUCCAGUGGGAUGAAACACACGAUGAAUACAGUCUAUCCAAGCUCAAACACAUUAGUAGAAAUGACUCUUGGGAUGAAGAAACUAAAGGAGGAAAUGGAAGGUGUUGUUAAAGAGCUGGCUGAAAACAAUCACAUUUUGGAAAGAUUUGGUGCCUUGACUAUGGAUGGUGGCCUGCGGAACGUGGACUGUAUCUAGCUUCCAAAGGACCUGAAGAGGACUUGUAAAUUUUUUCAAAGGGAAAAAAAUACUGUUGGGACAGUUGAAAGCAGAUAAUAAACCUGGAUCCAGGAUUUUUUUUUUUCUUUCAGCAACUGUAAUAUUAAGAAAAUGUAAAUAUGUAUAAUAUGUAAAUACAAAAGAAAUAUAUAUCUUUUCUUGGUCACUUUUAGGAUAGAAUAAUUUCUGGCAGGGAAUUGAGCCCCUUGGAGGAUCUCUGAGGAGUCCUAAAGGGAAAAGUAUUGUUGAUGAAAUUGACAUUUGUCUGCUUUGAAUUUUGCCCUUUUUUUCAGAAUGCAAUUUAGUCUUCAUUGAGAGGACUUGCAGUACUCCAAAACACUGUUGUAUAAAGGGUAUUUUGGAUAUCCUUCAACAACCACUGUAUGUAGGAGUCUAGCUGAAUGACUUUGAUCAUCACAGUACAUGAUGAAUGUUUUAAAUGAGAUGUUUUUAAAUGAGUGUGAAUAGGGACUAAGAGUGCAGAUAGGACAGAACAGAAAUGCAUUUCUCUUUCCUUCACAUUCAAACUGUUAAUUCUCUUCUACCUGAAGAAGCAAAUUCACAAUAUUUUUUUAAGUUCUCUAAAUAUUUGGUGCCGUGUUGUCUGUAAUCAUUUGACUGCUUAGUAUAUGGAAGUUUUGCACUCCAGCUUGUCAGAAUGAAUGUAAAAAUUCAUUUUUUGGAGUACAGCAUUUUCAGACUUUCCCUGAAAUCUUGUUACUCACCACAACAGUGGGUACUUAGAACAACUUCUUCUUAAUCUUACUUGCAGGUAUAAUUUUUUAAAAAGGUUAAAAAUUUGGUAUGAGAAGAGUUUGUGGACAGUCAGUAGACUGAAUAGUAUCACACCUCAGUAGUAACUGAAUAGGGGAAAAUAAGGUACCAGUCUAGAUUUGAACAGGGACCAUUCCCACUGCUGCCUUACAACUUUGGUACCAAACUUUGAUGGAAAAUUUAGUAAGACUAUAUUUAUUUUCCAGCAUCAAUAGUUACUACUUUCAGUGCUACAUGAUUGGGAUGCAGAGAUGCAAAGUGAAACAUUCUGCUCCAAAAUGCAUAGGAGGAGAGCAGGAAAUCAAAAAAUUUUGGAAACAUCCAUUUGUUUAGAUACUACAGAUGUACAUACUUGUUUCAGAUGAGCAUGCAAAUAUUACAGAACUCAUUCCUUCUUUGUGGAAACCUGGCCAUGGACGUUCAGUGGUGUCCAGUAACACUUUUCAUUGCUGCAUUACACCUGUGAGAGCUGGACCAACUAUAUUUAGAAUUUUCCAUAAUUACUGGUGGAACAUUUAGGUGUAAACUAAACAACAUUGACCAGUGAUAGCAUCUGAUUUUGUGAUGCUUAUUUCCUGCUUAUCUGUCCAGGUCAGAACACAAAACAUUUUAAUUUCAUUUUUAGAAAAUAUUUGGAGAGAAACUUAAUAAAUUUAUAAAUGAGUGUGUCAUGUAAAAGAAAAGGAAACACAUUUGCCUUGAUGUCCAAGACCUGCAUUCCAGUGUUCUUGGUGAGAAUCAAAAAAGGGAAUUUUUACACUCAUGUGAGCAGCUUCUGUCUUUGUCACCCAAAAAAAUCUAGCUAUGCAAAAGGAGUGCAAAAGUUUAUCACACAUCUUUCUUUGGCAUUCUUAGCAGUUUUAAAAUACUGAAAUUAUGUCUAACUGGAAUGUUUUAAUGCCUGCUUGUACAUUUGUUCAUUCACAUCCACAGUCUCACUGAGUAUCAGUAAAACACAUGAAUUAAUGUUAAAAAAAUUUGGCUCUCUAGAUGUGCAUAAACUGUAUUUUGUUUCCAACAUUAUAACACUUUGUUGUUUCAAAGUUCUUAAUAUUGAAAGAAAUCAAAUGCUAGGUGGAAUAUAUAAUUUUCAACUUCUUUAUACUGAAGCAGUCUGAAAAAGAAAGUUAAUUGUAGUAAAAGUAUAGUCUGUAUGUUGAAAUAUGUGCAGCAUUUUUUUAUAUGUUUGAAAAUUUUUUGUUAUAUUUUAUGUUCAUUUUAAACAUUGCUGGCUUUAGUCUUGCUGAAUACAUCAGUAAUCUUAAUUGUGUUAAAAUUUGUUUUUCUAAAGCAAUUUUAACAAAGCUGUAGCUAAGGAACUUGAAGUAAUCAGUUCAUAAUCUUCUGAUUACGUUAUUAUGAAGCAAAUAAUUUUUCAAGUCAAAGCAUAGUGUUGUACCAUCAACUUUUUGCUCAAACUAAGUGUCCUGAUGCUAUGAAUCUUGCUAUUCAUUUGCCAAAAUAAGUAAUAGAAAGUAAUAUAUGGUUCUUCUUCCUGAAGCUGGUUUACUGGUUUGGGGGGUUUAGCUGAAUAUAUUAAUUAUCUGUUACUUGAACAAACCUGUCUUCAUAUGAAUUGUGAAAGUGCAUGAGUGAACAGCUUAAUGGCAUAAAUACAUCAUCAACCACUUA